AUGAGCGUCGAGAAGAAGCCGCGUGGUUUCCUCAAUGAGGCCGUGUGGCCCAACAGGAUCACCAUCAGACAGGAUGCCAUCUCCGAUUCGUAUGCGGUCGAGACCAGGCCGUUCGCAAGGGGGAAAUUCGCAACCGUGCGACGCUGCCGUCACAUGGAAUCCGGGAGGGAUUACGCAGCGAAAUACCUACGGAAACGCCGGAGAUCCGAGGAUGUUCGACACGAGCUGAUUCACGAAGCACUUGUGCUUGCCAUCGCAGAGGAUUGUGAGCGAAUAGUCUCAUUGAGGGAGGUUUUCGAAACGCCGAGCGAAGUUAUCCUGGUCCUUGAAAUGGCCAGCGGUGGUGAGCUUCAACACGUCCUCGACUCCGAGGAUUGUCUUCCAGAAGCGUCUUGCCGCCAACUCCUUCUCCAGAUUUGCCAAGGACUAGAGUUUCUACAUAGAAAUCACAUCGCCCAUCUGGACAUCAAACCCGCAAACCUCUUGCUGACCAGCGCUUUCCCCCAUGGCGAAGCGAAACUGUGUGAUUUCGGUAUAUCGAGGCUCAUCCUGCCAGGCGAAGUGAUUCACGAAAUAGCUGGAACCCCUGAUUACAUAGCUCCUGAAGUUCUCCAAUAUGAACCGAUUUCGCUCGCAACUGACAUGUGGAGCGUCGGAAUCCUCACCUACGUCCUUCUGACUGGUCACACACCUUUCGGAGGGGACACCAAACAAGAUACAUAUUGUAAUAUAACUCUCGGAGAGCUGGACUUCCCUCAAGACCUCUUCGAAGACGUCAGUCCGGAAGCCAUACAUUUCAUCACACAGCUAGUCGUCAAGGAUCCAAAAAAACGUUUGGGUGUCGGAGACGUCUUGCGUCACCCGUGGUUGAACUCAUCAUCGCAUUCUCCGAUGUCCAUGUCUGUGACCUGUUUGUCGGAGGGCGACCAUAACAAUAACAUCAAGAAUAUCGAUAAAGACUGCGCCAGUCUGAUCCAGUGUGAAACACCACCGACUUCCUCCAUGGGGAGCUGUGAGAGUGACAACGAAAUGGAAGAGAUCAAAUCAGCCGCUCCGGUAAUCAAGAAUGACGAUCUGGAAACCGGCGAGUCGGUUGCAGCUCCGAUAAUUAUUCCUCCAAUCGUGCCAAAUGACGCGGCCCCCCUGAGUCCCAGCAAAACCGCCGAGCAAGUCGUGGAAAUCCAGGACAGCAGCGAAGAAGAAAGGUUGGUAUCAUCCGAGUCCACUAGCGACUCGGAUUCGUCUUCGGAGGACGAGCAGGUUCUCAUCACUGACGUGACCGAUGAGCCUGGGAGUCAAGUUGAAGCGGAGGAAAACUCGGCGACUCCGAUCGUCACGGAUUCGGAGGACGUUCUCAGUCCGAAUACUUCCCACAGCAAUAUCCACAUUCUACACAAGAACCAACGUAUUCUGCUGAAUAGACUAGCCGACAGAGAACUCCUCAAACCCUCGGGGUCUCAGAGCAGCACCACUUCGAAGAGUCUCUCAGCCUCAGAUUUGAGGAAACCCGGUGCCCUCAAGCGUCGACCGAGCAAGAAAAAAGCGAAGAGCAAGAGUCAAUCGAAUUUCUGCGAUUCGAUCGAGCGCCGUAACACAGUGAUUGAGCGUGUUGUCACUCCGCCGGGAGCCAGUGCAUCGGGUCCGAGCGUCCGUCCUAAGACUGUACAGGGCGCCGAAACUCGGGAGAAGACCGGACCCUCGAGUUCGCGGAAAACGUUGAACGAGAACUAUGCGAGGAUCGAGGACGGAGAAGUUUCCGUGGAGAAAGUCGACGACCUACGAGAAGGCGGGGAGUCCGGCGAUUCGAAAAAGAAUUUCCGGAGAAUCGAAGUCAAUGUAGUGAGAGAAGGCGAGCCCGUGGUUGAAGAGCCGGCGAGCGACUCGAACGCCUCGAGCUACUCCUCGAAGACUCCGAAAGCCGGUGGUCAGCGGUUGUCGGAAGAAGAUCGUUAUGAAGUGGAGAGCGUUAGCUCCGAGGACGCUCGAAGAAUCGAAACGAGAAGGAUAGUCGACGAAGUCAUGCGAGAAAACCGUCCGAAGAGUCCGGAGCUCUCGGUCUUCGAUCGGAUAAAUCAACGAGCGGCCAAGUUCAUGGAUAUUGGCUUACCUCUCGGAGGCUCCAGAAAGUUGAACCGAAGUCGUUUCCACAUGACGGAUUUCGCAAAAACGGAAGAGACUUCUGUAUUCAGCAGAUCAAAUAAUCUCUUCGAGGACUUCGAGCUAAAACACGGUGAUCUCAUGGGUCGUUUCAUGAUGGAUUUCCCCUUCCGCAACCGGGACGAGCUCGGUCUGGGCAAAAGCGACUUGCGCAGAGUCCAUCUCAGGGAGUACAACGCCCAGGCAAGGGACGACACGACUUGGCAGUACGCAAAGGAGAACUCGGUGCUCAAGGGUGAUUUCAGGAACCGCUGUCCGUUCAGUGAUCAUCUCUCGCGGUUUGACGGCACCCCACAGUCGCCUCAAAAGGAGAAUUCAACACCGAGAAUUCGGUCGUCCGAUAGUGAAUCGACUACUACAGGGACUGAGGAUUUUGAUUCCGAUGUCGCCUGGCAGUACCAAGAGAAUAUUUCGCUCCUGUCGAGUCGACAGCACGGUUCUCGGCCGGCAGCUGCGAGCAGAGCUCCGGAUUUCAACGCCGAGGAGGAUCUCAGCAUCGAUGCGCAGAACAUGUGGCAGUACCAAGAGUCGAUACCAAUUUUGAAUUCUCCCACCGAGCGCGUUCCGAUCACAGAGAGGACCUUCGAAGAAAAAGUUCGGGAGCGUCGCAAGAAUGCGCUUCAGAAGCUCAACCCUAGCCUCGACGGUGACGACCCGUACACGGACGAGGACAACGACCUGAUAAAUCAGAUCAUGGGCACCGACCUCGGGGACGGCUUGCCUGUUUACCAUCGAGACCUGGGGAUUCAAUUGGUUCCGGAAGUUCAGCCCCAAAGAGCUCCACGAGGAUACAAGCCUAUCUCGAUGGAAGAUUGCUCGGACGAUGAAGAUGACUUCCAGUUCGAGCGGCCCAAGCCGAGAAAUGUCAUGGCCCCGGGACCUGUGAGUCCUCUCCAAUCGCGGAAAACCGUCGAGGACCUCGACAUGCAAGCAGAAGCUCCGAAAACUCUGAAACAAGAGACCUCGAAACCGACUCGAGGUAAGCUGAGUCGUCUCCUCAGCAAGCUGGACGAGUGGGAAGAGAAAAUCAAAGGCGCCCGCAAGCGAGACGACAUCGAAGAUGAGCACGGCUUCCACAUAAAAACUGUCGAGAGCGAAGGAGUCGUCAAGCGAGAGCUCUCACAGUCGAACGGGAACCAGGACCUCACGGAAGAAACUGCCAGCGCUUAUUCCCGGCGUGAGGUUCUCAGCCAUGCGGGAGCUCUCUUCGAGGAGGAAACAGACUCGUAUUUCGGAACAUUUUCAUCGAGAAGCUUCAGCAGCCGAUCGACGAAGAGCGCAAUGUCCUUCGAGACAUCCACGGUGGUCCCGAAAAAAGCUUGA